CGCGAAACAUACAAAAUUAUGCUGGUCGGGGAGUCGGCCGGAGAGUGAGUCUAAAAUCACAAGUUUAUCUCAUUAUUAUUGAAAAAUAAGCUUCAGAAAUGACCAUUUAUAAUCUGUAUGUAUUUGAUCGGAAUGGCACAUGUCUUUAUUAUGAGUCUUGGAAUAGACGUAAAGAGUCAAAUAUGUCAAAGGACGAGGAAUUUAAGCUGAUGUAUGGAAUGCUGUACUCAAUCAAGUCAUUUGUGGCUCGGAUGUCUCCCUCGGAAUCAAAAGAUGGAUUCUUAAAUUACCGAACAAGCAAGUACAAGCUCCAUUUCUAUGAAACACCAACAGGGCUCAAGUUCAUCAUGAACACAGAUUUGAGUGUUGGAACCACAAGAGAUGUUCUCUUCAAUAUAUACAGCAAGAUUUAUGUUGAGUAUGUGGUAAAAAAUCCUCUUUGCCGACUUGAUGAACCCAUCCAGAGCGAGUUAUUUGCUUCCAAGUUGGACACAUACAUUAGAAGUUUGAACAUCUUUAACUGAACUAGAUUAAACUUAGCCAAAUCUCCUACAAACAGUUUUCCUAGGUUUCCCCGUACCGUGACUGUUGAACAAGAAGUGUAACAUACACAAGAAAAAUGGCUGUGUGAAAAUUUGACUGAACUCCAGUUUUCACUUCUCACAUGGCAAGCCAGAGAGAAAUAAGGGGCUGGCCAAUGAAAGACAAUGUUUGUAAAUUAAUUCGAGUCAUAUUAACACUGGAGGAAGGUGGUGUUCUGGGGAAAGUUCAUUUCUUAUAAAAGAGAUGCUCUAAAGGGGAUGUUAAUUUUGUCAAGUUAUGGACCUUUUUACUAAUGCCAUGCUUUUUAAUUUUUUCUUCAUUCAAACAAAAAAAUAGGCAUCACCACUUGAUUGAUCAUGUCAAAUUUAGUACAUAUUAUGUGAAGUUUGAUAAGAAUCCAUUGCAAACUCAUGAAUAUAUGGGACCCCAAACUUGACAAUAGUUACAAAGGAAUGUAUGCCAGCAGGCAAUGCUUGCCCUCUGGCAUACAUUUCUUUGUAAAAAUUGGCAAGUUUGGGGUCCCAUAUAUUCAUGGGCUUGCAACUGAUUGUCAUGAAACUUUGCAUGUCUACUAAAUUCAGCUUGAUUGAUUGAUCUAGACUAUGAAGGUGGUUUUUGCUUGUAGAAAAAUACCAAAGAUUACUGAUAUAGUGUAACAUAGGCAAAAAGGUCCAUUAUGUUAGAUUUUCGUAUUUCAACAUAAGUCAGUCAACUCAAAAGAUUUAUUCUCCUUUGUAAACACCCAAUUUCUGUUUGUGUCAGCAAAGAGAAUCUACUCUUAAAUGUAACAUGAGAGAAAAUAACAAACAACUGUUUCAAUCAGAUUAGACUUCUCUCAGAUCAUAAUUUAUUAGAAAAUAAAGCUAUGAUAUUUUGCUUUCC